GACACCGUCCUCCUGCCGCCACUGAAGCCGAAUCCUGGCCGCCCCUCUACCGUGGCAAGAAGGGAGAACCGUCGCAGGCAGAUGCUGGCAGACCAGAUGAUCGAGCGGACGGAGAGGUCCGAGAUCGUCGCGGAAGCUGGGCUCGUCGCGGAUCGACUCGACAGCUUCGAGGUCCUCUCGGAAGCCUUCGGCAACGAUGUCCGGGGCGUUACGGAUCGCCUGGAGGACAUGGCGCGCAGCAUCCGCUUCGAGAACUGGCGGUCCAAGCAGGAGGAGAAGGAGCGCAAGCGCCGGGAGGAGGAGAAGCGGCUCCAGGAGGAGGAGAAGCGCAAGGCCCGCAAGCGAGAGCAGGAGGCUGCGGACCCGAAGAAGAAGGUGGCCCUGCGCAUCGAGAACCGGCGACGCUUCGACGGGGACGUCGCGAAAGCGACGAUUCCAAUGCACCCCGUAGAGGUGGAUGGGCCCUCGGGUCGCGAGACGGUGUCCCUGGUGGACGUGGAGAACCUGCAGAGCCGGUGUCUGCAGCUCCGAGGAAAGGCCGGUAUCGAGGCCUUCAUCGACAUGGUCCGCACGCGGGAGGAGCGCGAGGCCAUAAACCCGAGGAAGGACGUCGAUGCCCUGUCGCCCCAGUCGGCACGCUCCACUGGAAUGAAGUCCUCCAUCAGCGGCUACAGCACCCGCGACUCCCUCCAGGAAUUGACCUGGGAUGAGCGACGUCACGGCGUGCUGGCACGGAGGCAGGCGGUUCGUGUGGAGACCAUCCUCAAGAAGUUGUGCUCCAUGCGAAGCAGCCUACCUAUGGACAUGUGUAUCGAGCUGGGCUCCCUGCAGGCCUACUUCGACUUCGAGAAGAGCCGUCCGGAAACGGAGGUCGAUUCCCUGCAGACGGUUGUCGCCCAAAGCCUGAACGGGCUCAUCGACAACUUGGCCAACAAGCUCGCCGCCGCACCGGAGAGCACGCGCAGCUGCUUGUUCCAGUCGUUGGGCCGACUCAACCAGUGUGCAACUGGCGAGCAGCUAAGCAUGUCUGGGCGCUUAGCUGGAUCGACAAGCCUUGCCAGCACGGACCGCAACCUGGAGUUGGAGCUCCUCCGGGCGCGGACGAAGGAGAGGGCCAGGCGCGGACGGGCCAUUCUGCGGGCUUUGGCCCGUUGGACGCUGGUCUUCGCCACUGUGCGGAAGCGCAACCGGUGCGUGGAGAUGAUCAAGGUCACCCUCGGGCAGCUUGGCGAGUGGGCACGGGUCAAGUCGGCCAUGAAGAAGGCAGUGGACUCCGUGCGGCGCAUUCAGCAAAACUGCCGGCUGUUUUUAGUCGCCAAAAGAGAGAGGUGCAGGCAAAUCGAGAAG